ACACUGAAUUGUUGUAGUUUCUCUCUCUCUCUCUCUCUCUCUCUCUCUCUCUCUAUCCCUCUCCCUCCCUCUCUCUCUCUCUCUCUGCGAAAUGGGUUCUGAAUAAACCUGCACGUGGAGGGACUAAGGAAGAAGAAAACAGAUUGAGAUCUGACCCAUUUUUCAAUUUCACUUUUUUGGGUUUUUACGUAAUUUGGAAUUGAAUUUGGAGACCCUUUGUCAAAAGGGGUCUUCUUCUCUACAAAUCUUCAUACCUCUCUACACUGGUCUCUUUGAUUUUGUGAGAGUGACUUUGUAGUUGGAGCUAUGGCGGUCGAAAUUGUGGGAUUUGAGAUGGUUCAAGGACCAUUGGAGAAUGGUGUUGAAGGAGGCAAACCUGUUGCACUUGAGAAGGAGAAUGGAAAGCUGGAACAAGAUUCGGGAGCUGGUGAGACCAUCAAAUUCGGGUCGCAUGGAGAUGAAUCUGCGAAAGGGGAAGCCAAUGAUGUUUCUGAUUCCAAUAGCCCGACAAAUGCUGCUGAAGAAUGGCCUGCACCUAAGCAGAUUCAUUCAUUCUACUUUGUGAGAUGCAGGCCUUAUGAUGAUCCAUCCAUCAAAACAAAAAUUGAUCUGCUUGACAAGGAGAUCAGCAAGAAAAAUCAAGCUCGCUUUCAGAUCACUGAAGCUCUGAAGGCCAAGCGGUCGGAACGAGCAGAGCUGAUUUCUCAGAUUAAGAUUCUCAGAGGUGACAGCAAGCAAUUCCAGAGUAUUUUUGAUGAGAAAAUGAAAGAGAUCGAGCCUCUGCAGCAGGCACUUGGAAAGCUGCGUAAUGCGAACAAUGCAGGUCGGGGUGGUUUAUGCUCAUCUGAGGAGGAACUUAAUGAUGUUAUAUAUAGCUUACAAUACCGCAUUCAGCAUGAGAGCAUUCCAUUGACUGAGGAAAAACAACUCCUCCGAGAAAUCAAACAGCUUGAGGGGACAAGGGAGAAAGUUAUUGCUAAUGCUGCAAUGAGGACCAAGUUACAGGAUACUAUCGGGCAGAAAGACGCCAUCCAAGAUCAAGUUAAGCUUAUAGGCGGGGAUUUGGAUGGAGUGAAGAAGGAAAGACAGGCGAUUCGGUCCAAAAUCAAGCAAAUUGAUGAUGUGCUGAAGACCAUAGACACCGAUAUCCAGUCUCUGCAGGAUGAACUGACUGCUAUAACUCAGAAGAGGGAAAAAUCUUUUGAGAGCAUUCAGCAGCUGAGGAAACAGCGCGACGAGGGGAACUCCUAUUUCUACCAAAGUCGUACGCUUCUGACCAAAGCACGUGAGCUGGCUGCUAAGAAAGAUAUUAACGCCCUUGAUGAACUUUCACAGACAGAGGUUGAGAAAUUCAUGUCACUUUGGAACAGUGGCAAAACUUUUAGGGAUGACUAUGAAAAAAGAAUUUUGUCAUCAUUGGAUAUGAGGCAACUGAGCAGGGAUGGACGGAUGAGAAACCCUGAUGAAAAGCCACUGCUUGAAGAACCGAAACCUGCUGAAGCUGAGGCAUUACCAAAAUCUGUCCUGAAACAGGCAAAGGAGGAGCCUAAGCCUUCUCCACUAGAAACUUUGGCUGCUCAGAAAGAAAGCAAAAACAAAGCAAAGGAUUUGAAAACCAACAAGUCGGAUAAUAAGGAUUUAGCAGAAGUUGAUGAUUAUGAAUUUGAAAAUCCCCAAAAGGAGACUGCUGCGAAAGAGCCUGCAAUCGAUCCUGCAAAGUUGAAAGAGAUGAAAAGAGAAGAGGAAAUCGCAAAAGCAAAGCUGGCUGCAGAAAGGAAGAAGAAGUUAGCAGAGAAAGCUGCAGCCAAAGCAGCUCUCAGAGCACAAAAGGAAGCUGAGAAGAAGCUUAAGGACCGUGAGAAGAAAGCAAAGAAGAAAUCUGGAACCGUCACCCAGGAGGAACAGGAAGCGGCAGAAGUCGAGGCUACCGAACCAGAAAAGGUUAACGACCUUGUUGAGGCCGCUCCAGCUCCAGUGAAGGAAAAGGUCACAAAGGAGAGCAGUGUGAGGUCCCGAAGCCGAGCUAAAGCCCCCGAGUUGAUUCCAAAAGCUAUUCUGAAGAGGAAAAAGUCCAACAAUUACUUGGUAUGGAUCGCAGUUGCUGCUUUGAUAGUCCUGCUGCUGUUGGUUUUGGGAUACACCUAUCUUCUCUGAAGAACUUUAGGAUCUAUAGAAGGAACUUUUAAACCAAUUUUCCUAAUUGGGUGGCUAGGUUUGUGAGGUAGCUUAAGUUAUUUCUGUUUCUUAACAUCCUCUUAGGGGAAUUGACCACAAAAACAUACUAUGUUGUGCUUUUUGCUCAUGUCUUUGGGAAAAAGCUAUAUACUCUAGUUUUAAUACUGUAUUUUUCUUUCAAAUUUUGUUCAGAUUUCAUGAGUUGUUGUUACUGGAAUGGUUUCUAUAUACAGUUAAAUUCCUUAGAGGAGGAAUAGUAACCAUGAUAUACUGAAAAACUCUUUCUGGAGAAUUCAAA